AGGGCGGUAAACAGUGCCCCUCCCCCCCAGGGCAGAGGCAGCGCCAUGAUCCUGAGGGCGAGCAGACGACUUCUAGGCUUAGGAUGGCGGGUUGUGAGGAGUGGUGGAGGAGGCGGCGGAUCAUGGUGUCGCCUGCAGCACAUGUCAUCCGUCCCCCGCCGCCCCAUCAACAAGCUGGUCAUCGCCAACCGCGGGGAGAUAGCCUGCCGGGUGAUGCGCACUGCCCGCCGGCUUGGGGUGCGGACGGUGGCUGUCUACUCUGACCCGGACAAGAACUCCAUGCAUGUGGCGAUGGCAGACGAAGCAUACAACAUUGGUCCUGCUGCCUCUCAGGAGUCGUACCUGCGGGGUGACAAGAUCCUGGAGGUGGCAACACGCAGCGGGGCCCAGGCGGUGCACCCCGGCUAUGGCUUCCUCUCUGAGAAUGCUGAGUUUGCUGAAGAGUGUGGCCGGGCAGGGGUGGUGUUUGUGGGGCCCCCAGCCAAUGCCAUCAGAGACAUGGGCAUCAAGAGUACCUCCAAGGCCAUCAUGUCCGAGGCAUCGGUGCCGGUGGUGGGCGGUUACCACGGCGAGGAGCAGAGUGAUGAGAGGCUGGCUGCGGAGGCCCACCAGAUAGGCUUCCCAGUGAUGAUCAAGGCUGUGAGAGGCGGCGGAGGAAAGGGCAUGAGGAUCGCCAUGAAGCCCGAGGAGUUCAAGGAGCAGCUGGAGUCGGCGCGGCGUGAGGCCAUGAAGUCCUUUGGCGAUGAGGUGAUGCUCAUUGAGAAGUUUGUGGAGCGUCCGCGCCACGUGGAGGUGCAGGUGUUUGGUGACCAGCACAACAACUACGUGUAUCUGUUUGAGCGUGACUGUUCCGUGCAGCGCCGACACCAGAAGAUCAUCGAGGAGGCGCCCGCACCCGGCCUGACGUGGGAUGUGCGGCGUUCGCUGGGUGAGGCAGCGGUGCGGGCAGCCCGGGCGGUGGGCUACGUUGGGGCAGGCACGGUGGAGUUCAUCCUCGACCCGUCACACAACUUCUACUUCAUGGAGAUGAACACGCGGCUGCAGGUUGAGCAUCCGGUCUCCGAGAUGAUCACCAACACGGACCUGGUGGAGUGGCAGCUCAGGGUAGCAGCCGGGGAGCCCCUACCACUCACACAGGACGAAAUAAAGCUUUCCGGGCACAGUUUUGAGGCGCGGAUAUACGCCGAGGACCCCAACGCUGGCUUCCUCCCUGGUGCCGGCCCGCUCACCCACCUCUCCACGCCAGCACCGAGCCAGGACGUGAGGAUAGAGACAGGGGUGCGGCAGGGCGAUGAGGUGUCUGUCCACUAUGACCCCAUGAUUGCCAAGCUAGUGGUGUGGGGUCAUGAUCGCAACACUGCACUCAACAAGCUCACCACCUGUCUCUCCCAGUACAAUAUCGUUGGCCUCAGCACCAAUGUGGACUUCCUGAUAAGCCUCGCCACCCACCCGAGCUUCCAGGCUGGCGACGUGAGCACAGACUUCAUCCCCGAGCACUACCAGGCGCUCUUCCCAGCCAGGACGCCCACCAAGCAACUGCUGUGUCAGGCAGCCUUGGCCCAGGUGUUGGAGGAGGAGCUGGAGGGAAUCCGCAAGGUGGCUGCCUCACAAGACCCCACCUCACCCUUCCGCCCCUCCCCCACACCCAGGAUCAACCACACACUCGUCCGCACUCUGCCACUCACCUGCGAGGGCAAAGUGGAGGAGGUCAGGGUGGAGUACUUGGGCGAGGGCAAGUACUGCAUGACCGUGGGCGGCGAGAGCUUUGAGGUGAGCGGCUCCCUGGUGCUGGACAACAACACACGCCUCCUCUCUGUCUCUGUGGACGGCUCCAUCGCCAGGUCGUGUGUGGUGCUGGACGGCCGGGACACAUAUCUCUUCACACAGAGUGGCGGCUGGAAGGUCAGUGUGCCGGCCCCAAAGUUUGAGUCCGAGCUUGGCAAGGUGAUCGGCGCAAGUGGCGGUGCCGUGGCCCCCAUGCCUGGCGUUGUGGAGAAGGUGUUUGUGUCGCCCGGCCAGACGGUGGCUGCUGGUGACCCCCUGGUGGUGAUGAUCGCCAUGAAGAUGGAGUAUGUGAUCAAGGCAAGCAGUGCUGGUGUGGUGGAGAAGGUCCUUUUCACGCCGGGGCAGAGUGUGGCCAAGAACGCCUCGCUGGUCAAACUGAAGGAGGUGGAGGAGUAAGGGAGGAGGCACAGAGCAGGCCAGAAGGAUGUGUUGCCUGCCUGCGUGAAGGGAAGGAAGGAACACUAGCUAACAGUUACUAGGGGCUGCUUUCACAGUCACUGCUUGUUUUGAUCGUUACCAAUGGCGGCGAUCGACGCUAUUGUUUUUCACUGGCCUAUGGGGUAGUGGCGGCUGCAGAGGAAGCAAGAGGUGUUGAGAGUGUGUGGCAAGGUGCAGGGCUAGGCUAUGUUAAAAAUUAUGUUAAAAAUUCUUCUCAAGGCUCUGAUAUAUUUGCCGGUAGAGUGAAUGGAAGUCUCAAGAAAAGUGACCAUAGAAAUAUUAUUCAAAAAGGUAGAUUUCUGCAUGAGUAUAUACAGUACAGCUAAUUGUGAAGUAUGUGAUUGAGCAGCUAAGGGAAGAGUCUUAUGGCUGCAUUAAGGGAGAAAAGGAACAAUAAGUAACAGUUGCUAGAUGUUCCUAUAAGUUGUUAAUAUAUGGUGGAAGCAUGAUGUAAUUUUGAAGUUUAGUCGCCCCUCAAAUAGUACGGUUUCCUAUAGUUGGGUUUCAGUUUUAUACGGAUUGUCAAGGAAGAUUUAAGGAUAUUCAAAUUUCCUGCUUGUCGGGAAAUUUAAAAACCCUAAAAAAAUCUAUAAAAAUCCACAUAAAACCAAAACCGAGGUACUGGAAACCGUACUAUUUGAGGGAUGACCAUAUUUUAUCAAGCAGCUAAGGAUGUGUUGGGUUGUGAGGCGUUGCUAGGUACAAUCAGUAGAUGUUGCUGAUAACUGGGUGGGGUUGAGGGAAAGACUAACUGUGAUUUGUGAAGUAGUAUUAAUUUAGGGGUGUAAUUAAUUGAAACCUUAAAUAGGAGAAACAUAGGAUAUUUCUCUUACUCUAGGUGCUAAACUGCCACUCACGGUAGGUAGAAGGGCUGCCAGGUAUAGGUCAGUGGGCUUUUUGUGGACCCCUUGCGUUCAUAUGUUCAAUGUAAAAGAAGGGUUGAAUAGGAGAAACAUGGGAUAUCUCUCUCACUCUAAUAAUGUAAAAGAAAGGUUGAGAGAUAAAAAAAAUCUAUGGUGUAAUGAGCUAUGAUGAAUUAAUGGGAUGGGAGAAAAAGUAACCUGAAAUAUUUGAUUGUAUUCCCUUAUUUAGUGUGUAGGGGACAUGACCUGAGUGUGGCGUAAGAGCAGCAAGGGUGUGAGGCAUGAGUGGAAGGAGGAAAGGAAGGAAUUCAUGAUAAACAUAUAAUUAGGACCAAUACAAAGGGAGGGACCAUAGGGAAAUCAGUACACUCAGGUUGGUAUUCUUAAACGGCCCUGCCUCUCACAUCAACAAAAUCCAAAGGCCAAAACGGAGAUCAGUCGGGUUCCAAUGAGUGUUUUUGUAGGUUCAUGGUACAGAAGAAGGGUCAAACUACCACCAGGGUUAUUAAACUACCCCUGGAAAGGCCCACAACUCCUAUGAAAGCCUUGCCAAAUAUGUGUGCUUGGGCGAGAAAGUGUUUAACAAUCCGGCCAUCAGCCCCGCACUAUGUCCGCGCUGUAGUGGUUAGCGCCUAACCUAGAAUUCGUGGGCCCAGGAUUGACCCCAGCCAGCUUCAAUGUUGUUAUGGGUGUAGGAUUCUAAGCUCUUGUUCUCAUCUUUCACACAUAGAUAUUUCCAUGAUAUGUACAGUAUAUUUAUAUUUAGGUGGCUCUGAGGUGUAUAUCAAGUACAAAAUAAAAAAAAAUGCCACAUACCAA